UUUAACCCAGCUCUCCACCACCAUUACCACUAACCACCAUCUUCUUCACACUAUCACUGACCCCAUACCACCACCAUAAGAAAAGCAACCUCUUCACCACCACUGUCAGAAACGACGCAGGCGACGGGAUUGGGUGGUCGGCGACGGGAUUUGAGUGACAAUCCAUCGAAUCGAUCUCAUUCUCUACCUCUAGAUCCGAGUUAAGCAAGUGAUAGGAUUUGAUGGUCGGCGGUCAUUGAAAACCCAAGAUCUGAUUUCAGGUGGAAAAUCAUCGGAGCGAUUGAUUAAUUUGUUGGUAUAAUGUUGAUUGAUUAAUUAGUUAUAUAUGAACAACAAAAUGGAUGUAUGGAUAUUUCAAUUUUCACAAAGCACCAUCAGAUGCUAAAUACUAAACAGAAACCCCUUUUGAGCCAUAAAUGGUGAAUGACCAACACUUAAGAUCAAUCACAUGAUCGAAGUUCAACUUGUCUAACCUGUAAAACACGAAGCUCUCCACUGAGAUUUAUCAGACAUCUGAAUCAAUCACAAGAAUUUGUACCUGUUUCCCGUCGCCGGCCACAACACAUAUUCACCGGACUCUAUUUUUGUGAUUCAGAAACUAUUCUGUUCUACCACAUCCUGCAGAAAACGUCUUCAUCUAUCUCAAACAACUUCGUCAAAGUUUGAUCAAUUUCAAUGGCGGAACCGAAGAAGAUAAUAAUUGACACAGAUCCUGGCAUCGAUGAUGUUAUGGCAAUAUUUCUGGCUUUGAGGUCACCAGAAGUUAAUGUGAUUGGGCUUACAACUAUUUAUGGCAAUGUUUACACCACUCUUGCCACUAGAAAUGCAUUACAUUUGUUGGAGGUUGCUGGAAGAACAGAUAUCCCUGUUGCAGAAGGAUCUCAUGUUAGUUAUGUGAAAGCAACGAAGCUUCGAGUUGCAGACUUUGUUCACGGGGUAGACGGGCUCGGAAACCAGAACUUCCCGCAGCCGAAGUCAAAACCGAUAGAAAAGUCAGCAGCAGAAUAUUUGGUGGAGCAAGCUCGUCUUUACCCUGGAGAAAUCACUUUGGUCGCAUUGGGUCCCCUUACCAACAUCGCCUUGGCCAUUGAACUCGACCCCGCCUUCACCAAAAACAUUGGACAGAUUGUUCUUCUUGGUGGUGCGUUUUUAGUAAACGGGAAUGUGAAUCCAGCUAGCGAGGCUAAUAUUUUUGGUGAUCCGGAAGCUGCUGAUAUUGUGUUUACUUGCGGUGCUGAUGUGUUGGCUAUUGGGCUCAAUGUUACUCAUCAAGUUAUUCUUACAGAUCAUGAUCGUGACAUCUUGGCAGAAUCAAAUGGAAUAUUUGCCAAGUAUUUGAGCAAGAUCCUGGAAUUUUACUUUUCUUAUCAUCGCGAUGCAUACAACAUGAAAGGUGUAUACCUUCAUGACCCGACAACGAUUCUUGCAGCUGUGAAUCCUUCAUUAAUGACAUACACGGAGGGUGUUGUCAGAGUCCAGACAAGUGGUAUCACAAGGGGCCUAUCGUUGUUUUUCAACAAACAGAAAAGGUUUAAUGAAGAGACUGAAUGGUGCAACAAACCGACAGUGAAGGUGGCAGUUACUGUGGAUGCUCCCGAGGUAGUUAAAUUGGUUAUGGAACGUCUUAUGUAUUGAUAACUAACAUCCCCAACUCUCUAUUUCAAAGCCUUUGUUUCUGAAGAGGAACCUAAAGGUUCAAAAAUGAUAUAUUUUCUGUAUUUGUUUUAUAAUAAAACUUUUAUUGAUCAUUAGCAGCAA